AUGUCUUCCGAAGCCCAGGCCCUCCCUCCCGUCAAGCGGUACAUCACCACCCACGACGCCAACGGCAAGGCAGUCUGGGACACGUCUAUCCCCGUCGAAGUCCAGGGCCAUCGCAGCGGCGGCGUCGCCAUGCACACGUCGUAUGUCAACCAGCAGGAAACCCCCGACCACAACGGCGACGGGGAUCUGCGCUCCUACCGAGAGAACCUCGUCGAGACGGACAUUGCGCCGGUUUCGGGCUCUGCCCUCCGCGUUGUCGACAUCUGGCCCGGCCACCCUGGCAUCAUGCACCGAACUGCCAGCGUCGACUAUGGAAUUGUCAUCGAGGGCGAGGUUCAAUGCAUCCUCGACGACGGUGCUUCGCGGACUUUCCGCCGGGGCGACAUCAUCGUCCAGCGAGGCACCAACCACGCCUGGAAGAACACGGGCAAGGAGGUGGCGCGUAUCUGCUUCACCCUCUUGCCCGCCCCUCCCAUCAAGAUCCAGGGCAAGGAGCUCGAGGUCCAUCACCUGUCGGACUUUGCGAGACUCGCAGAGGAGUCGAGCGUGUAG